ACGGUAACUUCAAGCAGCCCAGGUAUGUCGCGAAUGACAGCCAACGGUGCCCAGCGGCUGACAGACGUCAGGGCAUCGUAUAUCCACCGUCAACAACACAGCCUUGCCUUCCCGCCACCGGGUGCUUCCUUGUCUCCGGCAGUGUUCAGCAACUCUGCUACAGCGCAGGACGGGCGCGACCUUCAUACCAGUUUCCAGGGACUCGGGAUCCGAGGUGAAGCCAGUGGCAAAAGCUCAGUAGCUGGCGCCAACAGGCACGCGGUGGAGACCAAAGACCACCCAUCUCCGACUAGUACCACUAGUCGAGCUAAGCAAGGCGUCGCCCGCACAGUGCGUGGAAGGAGGCCAAGUCGCGCCCUGGAAAGUGACAACGAGUGGCUCCAAUACACCAAGCCAUUCAAGAUGCAGGGCGCCAACUGGCUGAGAUGCACCUGGGCGGACCGACUGCCGGAUGGCAAUCACGUCGAAUGCACAUAUGUUCAGAAACGGCACCUUGUGAAGCGUCACAUUUGUUCAAAGCAUCUGGGCAUCAGACCCUGGGAUUGCCCGAUGUGUGACAAGUCCUUUGCCCAAUUGAGCAAUUUGGAGACCCACAUCAACACACACACCGGCGAUAGGCCACACGAAUGCCCAUUCUGUGAAGAGAGAUUUAAGGAUCCGGCCAGAUGCUGCCGGCACAAGAAGGAUGUACAUGGGUACAUUACCGCGCGCGAGAGGAAGAUGUUGAAGGACCUGUAUGGCACCUCAGACCCCGAGUUCACGGAUUCGGAGGAUGAAGGGACAGAUCCAGAAGCGGCAUUCCCUGGGCCAAUGGGCACAGGGACUGCUGCGCCUCUGCAUGGCCGGCGCACGUAGGAUGUCCGGCUCGGACUAACUGUUAUUCGGUUUCUCAACUGCUUUCGACCUUUUGCUUCCCCACAUGCAUUGUUGUCCCUCGCUGUCGUCGUCUGUAUGCCACUGUUUCGCUUUCCUCGGUACUCAUGUUGUUCUGGAGCUCGCAUAAUUAACGCGCCGUCGUAUACCCUGUACAUACUGUAAACCCCGCAAUGAUUGUAAUCAGCUGAGAGACAUACCACACAAUGCAAGGAGGCCAAUCCGGACGGGAAUCACUACUUAGAUGAGUUUCCGGACGUAACGAUC